AUGGGUGGCAAAUCCAAUCCAAGUAUGACCAACGUGAUAUUGCUCAUAUCAUUUGUGAUGACUCUCUCACACAUUCCAAUCAUCUUCGCAAACUCCCUACAAGGCUACAAAGAGCAAGGAUUCAUCGAUUGGAUUAAUCCGAAACGUACAUAUAGAAUUAUAAACGAGAUGGACACACGAGAGAGUCUUAAAAUUCAUUGUUGGUCUUACGACGAUGAUCUUGGGACUCAUGUUUUGUGGCCUGGCCAAUAUUUUGAGUGGAGAUUUAGAAUUACUGUGUUGGAUGUAAUCACUCAUCCUACAAAGUUCACUUGCACGUUUGAAUAUCGCCAAUUCAAGAAGAAGUUUGCAGUUUUUUAUAGCAGAAGGGAUAUUGUUAAUAAUAUUGCUUGCGUAUUUUGUCUUCUCAGGGCAAAUACAGACGGUCUUUAUGGGCCAAAUUUUGUGACCCACUGGAUAAAGCCUGUUGAGGCCUAA